GAAACACCACCAUCAAAGCCCUCGCCUCUGACCAGCGGGCCCCACACGUCAGCCAGAGCACGAGGUUUAUCUCCCACCCUCUCCAAUCCCCUCCUCCUCGCCGCCGCCGCCGCCGCCGCAGCGUCCCCGGCGACCGGAGGCGUGAGAUCCCGCCAUGGCAGCGGCAGCGGAGGCCGUGACCGAGGUGGAUGCCACGAACGAGGAGGGGGAGGAGGAGGAGCAGGUGGUGAACCCGUGGGAGGUGUCGGCGGGGAAAGGCGGGAUCGACUACGACAAGCUCGUCGACCAGUUCGGCUGCCAGCGCCUCGACGACGCGCUCGUCGCCCGCGUCGCCCGCCUCACCGCCCGCCCCCCUCACCGCUUCCUCCGCCGCGGCCUCUUCUUCGCCCACCGGGAUUUGAACGAGAUACUGGAUUUGUACGAGAAGGGGGAGAAGUUCUACCUCUACACGGGGAGGGGGCCCUCGUCGGAGGCGCUGCACCUCGGCCAUCUCAUCCCCUUCAUGUUCACCAAAUAUCUGCAGGAUGCUUUCAAGGUGCCCCUAGUAAUACAGCUAACUGAUGAUGAGAAGUUCUUAUGGAAGAAUUUGACUGUUGAGGAAACUAAAAGGCUUGCCCGUGAAAAUGCAAAAGAUAUCAUUGCUUGUGGAUUUGAUGUCGAAAGGACUUUCAUUUUCUCUGAUUUUAAUUAUGUUGGAGGUGCUUUUUAUGAAAACAUGGUUAAAGUUGCCAGAUGUGUGACAUAUAAUAAGGUUGUUGGAAUAUUUGGAUUCACCCCAGAGGAUCAUAUAGGAAAAGUCAGCUUUCCUCCUGUGCAAGCGGUUCCAUCAUUCCCUUCUUCAUUUCCACAUCUCUUCUCUGGGAAUGACCAACUACGGUGCUUAAUCCCAUGUGCAAUAGACCAGGAUCCUUAUUUCAGGAUGACCCGGGACGUUGCUCCAAGAAUUGGUUACCAGAAACCAUCAUUAAUUGAAUCGAGAUUUUUCCCUGCUCUUCAGGGGGAGAACACAAAAAUGUCGGCCAGUGAUCCAAAUUCUGCAAUAUAUGUGACAGAUAGUGCUAAAGAAAUAAAGACAAAGGUGAACAAAUAUGCGUUCUCAGGUGGCCGGGACUCAAUUGAGCUCCAUAGAAAACUUGGAGCUAACCUUGAUGUGGAUGUUCCAAUCAAGUACCUGAACUUCUUCCUUGAAGAUGACAAUGAGCUCGAGCACAUAAAGAAGGAGUACAAGGAAGGAAGGAUGCUGACGGGUGAAGUGAAGCAGCGCCUUGUUGCAGUUCUAUCCGAACUGGUUGCGAGACAUCAAAGAGCUAGAGCACUAGUGACCGAGGAGAUGGUCGAUGUAUUUAUGGCGGCGAGACCUCUUCCCAAUAUGUUUGGCUGAGUCUGAUGUCAAAAACUGCCUGGAGAUAUUUGCUACUAGCUGGAUAAGAUGUCCGAAGUGAUCUCUAGAAUUUGGAAGCAGCAUUCGUGUGUUUCAUGACUUAUAUUUGUAGGCUGGCCACUCGUAAUAUUUGGUGGCACGCUUGAUUUUGCAAAUCAGUUGAGGAUAAAUUUAUUUAUCUUAAAGCCUGCUCCAUCAAUAUAGAACCAACGUCUUUUUGUAUUGAAUCAGAAAUGUUACAACAGUUUUGAGCUUAAUCAGAACAAUCAAGAAACAAACAGCUUUGUCGUCUGAA